GUCAGCCAUUUUAACUGUUUGACAACCAAUUAUCUGACAUUAUUACAAGCAGUUUUGAUGAGAUUAAUGAACAUCAGUUUUGACACCAAGAUAACAUUUCUAAGUGUUGUAGUUCUAAAGAUAUUCAAAUUUAUCGGUGGGCUGGCGGUCAUCUUGUUGGUACCAACUUUAUAAAAUGACAUCUUAUAUUUUCAGAAACUCUUACACCCCAUAGAUUAAAUUCAGCCAUAGUGACAUAGUUAUACUUCCGGCCUCUGCUGCAGGACUAUACGUCCCAAAACAUUUUUAGGUCCAGAUCCUGGGGAAGUCUACUUAUGUGCAGGCGGGUGGAAGCACGUUGCUUGGUUAACACGUUGUCGCAAGAAACCGCAGCUUUUGUUUUUGUCGGCGAUAACGACGCUCAUCCUGUUUGCAGUACAUCUUCAGUACGUAGGCACGAGGCAUCAGAAUGACGCGAUCGUCGAAGCACAACGUGACGAGGCAAGGCACCAGGCUAUGUUCAGUCUGUUAUCAUCUCGAAAUCCUUUUCAGUUUCGUAAUACGUCCUUAGAGACCCGGGCCAGAGACGAUAACUUGAAAAUUGAAAAUGUAUUUUACACAAGGUCAAAAAGAAAAGAAAAGACAGAAAAAUAUCAUGUUCCAGAAAGUAAAAAUUCUAUCGAGAAUUCAUCUCCAAAACAUUCCAUUUACGAAGAGAGCGCAAAAGUACAUAUCAACAAUUCUCUGUUGAAAACAUUGUUAUAUCUGGAGAAUAACAGCCCAGAUGAGAUUGUCCGAAAGCAAACUUCUCUGAAAAAGUCUAAUGUUUAUAAACAGACUUUUCUGAGAGAUGUAUACGUUCACAAACAAGCUCCAAUCGAUCCAUUGCUUCACCCUCAGGCUUCUCAGAAAGAUUUAUACGUUCACAAACAAGCUCCAAUCGAUCCCAUCCUUCACUCAAAAACAUCGCUGAAGGAUAAUUAUAAUCCCACAUACCAUCUACAAGUGAAAACAAAUAAUCAGAGUAUCUCACUAAAUAGUUUAAAGAAGAAAUACAUACAAUACAUUCUUAAAAUGUUAAGAAAAAAUAUAACAAAAGCAUUUAAUGCUCAACAUAACUUAUCUAUACAAAAGGAAAAACCUGUGAAAAUUGAACCACGUCCACAGUAUAAGAUUGACACACCAGUUAAGACGUGUUCUGAAAAACAAAACUUUGCAUUUCUUAAAGUGCACAAGUGUGGCAGCUCCACGGUAGCCAAUGUAAUACAAAGGUUUGUCUUAGAACGUGAUCUUAACGUGGUCCUCCCGUUCAAGCCCAGGCGAGUCUUGCAGUACAACUACCUGGGCUAUGGAUCUCUGUUUGACAAAACAAUGGUUAUUCCGCCGCCCAGGGGAGAAACGUUCAACGUUCUGUACAACCACGUUGUCUACAACAGAAAAACGUUUCACAAGCUACUUCCAAACAACACAUUUUAUUUUGCUAUAGUAAGAGAACCAGUGUCUAAGUUCCUUUCUGCUAUCAGGUUCUUUAGAGUCGCUAAGCGUAUUACUAAAGACGUUUAUUUCAGAAAGUUCGGUGUGAAAAACGCAAACGUUUCAAGCUCAAAUUUGACCCAAGAGGACUUGGAACCUUCGGUGAUGUCCGAUUUUCUUCACGACAAGGUCUUACUGAGGAUGUACAGCAAACACAGAUUCAUAUGCAAUAGUAUGGCUUAUGAUUUCGGCAUCCCUCAAGAAUACACUAGGAAUUUGCCCUUUGUUCUUCAUUACAUUAAACAACUGGAGAGUGAUUUUCAGUUUGUGAUGGUCAUGGAAUAUUUCGACGAAUCGCUGAUUCUGCUUAAACGAUACCUUUGUUGGGAUCACAAGACUAUACUGUAUGUUCCCAAACUCUCCGUUAGCACAGUCCCAAGUAACACGAAACUUAAGUCCUCAGAUUUAACCAGUGAGGAGACUAAAAUUAUCAAAGAGUGGCAGAGUGUCGACACCAUGAUCUAUAACCAUUUUAACCAGUCCUUCUGGAGACACGUGUCGCUGGCGAGUCCAGACUUCUUUAACGAGGUCCGGCAGUUUAAACACAUUCGGAAAGCAGUUGCAGCUUUCUGUGAGCGAAAAUCAUCAUUGGAAUCAUCAUUAUUUAUUGAACAGUCUGUGUGGAAUGCAGGAUUUUUGGUGUCAAGAGACGAUUGCAUACUAAUACUCUCGUCGGAGUUACGGUUACACGAACAAUUACUUGACAAAGCAGUGGCGAAAAUUAUAAAUUCAAAAGGUGUUUUAAUGCGAUGAUAAUCUCUUUCCUUGUGUGGUAUAAUAAAUAUCGUAGGCAUAUCAAAUGAAGGCUCAAACACGCUGAUAUUGACUCGCGACUCGGGCAGCCAGUAAUCUAAAGACUUUUGCUCAUUUGCAUUAGCUCUGAAGACGCUAAUAAUGUUGAUAGCGCGGGUUGAUGAUGAUGAUGAUGUUGAUGUUGUUGAUGAUGUUGUUGAUGAUGAUAGUGGUGAUGUUGAUGAUGAAAUUCUUAUAUUCAAUAAAGGUUCAAGUACGCUGUCCUGGGCAAGCCAAUCAACAACCUUGCCCGUCUGCCCAGGCCAAUUUAAUGGAUUAAGGAGUGUUUGGAACCGCAGAAUGGAAGAUAUCACGUCCUUUUUCUAUAGACAUGAAAAUACAUACCACAGUAUUUUAUAUACUAACUGUGGGACAUAGGACGAUUGAUUCUGAGACUUAUCGCACCUCAGGCAAGCGCUCUAUCAAUGAGCUACAUCCCGCCACGCUACCAUCUGAUGGCAUCAAGAAGGUUAUAGUUGUUAAUUUAUUAAUGUUUUAGUAAAUAAGUGAUCCGUCAAAUGACAAUGCCUGUUUGAAGAUCUGUCGGUUCAUUCUCAAACUGACAUUUUAAUUU